UGGCGCACUAUAGCAGCGCACUCAUCCCAAAGAGCAGGCUGGAGUCUAUUGAUUAAAGCGAGCACCGAGCUGCUUGGACCGAGCGCUGUCGCCUGGUACCACUUGUUAGAAAAGCAGCUCUGCAGUGGCGGAGCAGUGCGGCUCUCUCAAAACAAAGCCGCGGCUAAAUCGUGGACCAGGGGGCCAAGGCCGAGCCAAUUAAUCUAGGAAGCGCCGACGGGGGCAGGAUGCAGCUCGUGAUCCGCGUGUGCUGCACUCAACGCUGAGCAUGGCGUUGGCGCUGGUCAAGAGGGUCUUCAAGAAGUACCCGCUGGUGGCCAACUGCGGGGUCUACGGCACACUCUACGUCGGGGCAGAGUUCUCGCAGCAGACCAUCAACAAGAAAUUCCUCGGCGGCCCGCCUUAUGACUUUCCGAUGCUCAUGAGAUACGGCCUGCUUGGGGUUGCUCUUUACCCACCUAUCUAUUAUCACUGGUAUAAAUGGCUGGACGCCAGGUAUGUGGGCAGAGCUGCACCCAUCAUAGUCAAAAAGCUACUUUUGGACCAAUUUAUACUGACACCACCGCUACUUGUAAUAUUUUAUACGAGUAUGAGUAUUAUGGAGCGCAAAGGUGAUAUUCUAGAGGAAUGCAGAAACAAAAUAAUUCCAACUUUCAAGUCAAGCUGCAUGUUUUGGCUUCCAGCGCAAAGCCUUAACUUCCUUCUGGUGCCCCCGGCAGCCAGAGUGGUCUAUGUUGGCUCGUGUGCGUUCAUCUGGGUCAACAUUCUUUGCUGGUUCAAGCGUCAGAACUACUAAAGACACACGAGAGAGUUGUACUCUAGAAAAAACAAGCUCUAUUCUAAUCUCUUUUUGCUGUUGUGCAUUUAUAUACAAAUUUAAAUUUUGCUAGGACAACUCUUGCAAAAAUGAGUAAAAUAAGAGUGCUCUCUAAAAAGAUGAAAAAAGAUAAGCAAAAUUAAAAAUGUUAUGCUGGCAUAGCAGCAAAACUAUUUCUGCUUUUUCAAACCUACGCUCAAGAGCUUCCACAACAACUCGUCGAUGUUUAUUUUUCCAUUUAGAGCACAAAAUGCUUUUUAAAAACACCGAUUUUUAUGUUUGAAAAUUAUUAUAAUAAAGAAAAAGAUAUUUACUAAACCGA